AUGCUCAUGGACGGCGUUUUAUUAAAAAUGUCGGUGCAAGGAGUAUCUCCGAAGAUUCCGGUGGGACCGUCGCUGAUACGGUCGAUCGGAGGCUCUGUGGAGGAGAAACCGGCGGCUGGAUCUUUGCCGCAGAAGAAAACGACGCCGCGCUGGGUUUCACGUCGUCCGCUUGAGUUUCUACGGAUCGGUAAGACGAGGAAUGAAACCGUAAGAGACGACGCCGUUUUGUUGGAGAGAGAGGAGCGAAACGGAAACUGGGUAUUGAAGAUUUUGGAGGUUGGGUCAAUCUGGAGAGGGAAGAGACAACGAUCAGGAGGCGGUGGUGAAGAGGAGGAAGGCCAAGCUACGGAAUCGAACAAGGACGCGUUAUGUGACGAAUGCGAUUUCUGCAAAAUCCCUGAUGAAGAAGAAGAAGAAGAAGAAGAAAAGGAGGAGAUGGUGUUUGAUAGAGAACAUUUCUCAAAGAUGCUCAUGAAAAUUCCGCUCGAUGAUGCACAGAUGUUUGCGAAACUCUCCUAUUUGGGAAAUCUGGCUUAUUCAAUCCCUACAAUCAAGCCUGAGACUCUGUUGAAAUAUCAGAAACUGAGAUUCGUGACUUCCUCGAUUGAGAAGAGGGUGAGUCUUAGGGUUUCUUCUGAUCAACAGGAGGAGAACAACAACGACGACGACAAGGAAGAGGAGGAGAAGAAGCUUAUCAACCCAGCCGUUGCUUACAGAAUAGCUGCUUCUGCAGCGUCUCGUCUCUUCUCCCAUUCAAAAUCGGUGCUUCCUUUUGGAUCCUCUAAACGUCAAGAGAACGAAGCAUCUCUAAUGGCCACUGCUGAUUCGGUUACGGCAGUUGUGGCGGCGAAAGAGGACGUUAAGCAGGCGGUGGCGGAUGAUCUGAAAUCCAUCCGUUCACCGCCUUGUGAGUGGUUCAUAUGCGACGAUGAUAAAAGCGGCACAAGGUUCUUCUUUAUUCAGGGAUCAGAUUCGUUGGCCUCAUGGCAAGCUAACCUUCUGUUCGAGCCAGUCCCAUUUGAGGAGCUUGAUGUGCCUGUUCACAGAGGUAUAUACGAAGCCGCCAAAGGAAUAUACGAACAGAUGUUACCCGAAGUUCACGCCCACCUAAACUCCCGUGGCAAGAACCGUGCUUUUCUUCGGUUUAGCGGACAUUCUCUAGGAGGAAGCUUGUCACUGUUAGUGAACCUCAUGCUUCUGAUCCGAGGCCAAGUCCCGGCUUCUUCUCUGCUUCCGGUGAUCACUUUUGGUUCACCUUGCAUCAUGUGCGGAGGCGAUAGGCUUCUUCAGAAGCUCGGAUUGCCUAAGAGUCAUUAUCUUGGAAUCUCAAUGCAUAGAGAUAUUGUUCCCCGAGCAUUCUCCUGCAGUUACCCUAACCGAGCCGCAAAGCUUCUCAAGGCAUUGAAUAGAAACUUCCGGAACCAUCCUUGUCUGAAUAACCAGAAUUUAUUGUAUUCUCCAAUGGGAAAGCUUCUGAUUCUGCAACCAUCGGAGAAAUUCUCUCCCCCACACCCUCUGCUUCCUCCGGGAAGUGGUCUCUAUGUUUUAACAUCCAAGGAUACAGAUGAAACAGAAAAAGGACUAAGGGCUGCAAAGAGCGUGUUCUUUAAUUCACCACACCCUCUAGAGAUUCUCAGCGAUCGUUGCUCUUACGGGUCUGAAGGAAAAAUCAAAAGAAACCAUGACAUGAGCUCUUACCUGAAAGCAUUGAGGCACGUGGUACGGAAGGAGCUGAAGCAGAUGAAGGCUGAGCGGGAUCAGUGGCAGGUCAAGUUCUUUGUUGUAAACGUUAUACGUACUGGGAGAGAUUCCUUGAAACUCAUAACUAGAUUUGUUGGAUCAAGGAGCAGUCAACUAGUGAUCAUCUUCUUUCUCCCAAUUAGAUUGUUAAUUAUGAGUGUCUGUGGUGUGAUAUUUCAGCAUUCACAAGCACAUUUUAGUUUCUUCAAGUGA